AUGAGACGCUUCCAAACCAGCUCGCUUCUGCUCUGUGUGGUGGCCGCCACUGCCAUCCCCAUUGUGCCCUGGAAGGUCAAAUGCCCACCGCAGUGCGUCUGCCAGAUCAGACCGUGGUACACCCCCCGCUCGGUGUACCGGGAGGCUGCCACGGUGGACUGCAAUGACUUGUUUAUCUCUGCCGUGCCGGAAGACCUGCCGGAGGGGACCCAGACCCUGCUCUUGCAAAGCAACAAUAUCGCCAGGCUUGAGCAGAGUGAGCUGGACUAUCUCAGAAACCUCUCGGAGCUGGACCUGUCGCAGAACAGCUUCUCCGAUGUCUGGGACUUUGGCCUGAAGAGCAUGCCCCAGCUGCUCAGCCUGCACUUGGAGGAGAACCAGCUUUCUGAGCUGCCCGAUGGCAGCUUCCCCGGGCUGGGCAACCUGCAGGAGCUCUACCUGAACCACAACCAGCUCCGCAGGAUUGCUCCCCGCGCCUUCUUUGGCCUCGGCAGCCUGCUGCGCCUCCACCUCAACUCCAACCUGCUGCGGACAGUCGACAGCCGCUGGUUCCAGAUGCUCCCCAGCCUGGAGAUCCUCAUGAUUGGAGGCAACAGGGUGGACGCAAUCUUGGAUAUGAAUUUCAGGCCCCUGUCAAACCUGCGGAGUUUGGUUUUGGCUGGGAUGAACCUGAGGGAGAUCUCGGACUAUGCGCUGGAAGGGCUGCAGAGCCUGGAGAGCCUCUCUUUCUAUGACAACAAACUCAUGAAUGUCCCCAAGCGGGCGCUGCAGCAAGUUCCUGGCCUCAAAUUCCUGGAUCUGAACAAAAACCCAUUGCAGAGGGUCAAGCAAAGCGACUUCACGAACAUGCUGCACCUCAAAGAGCUGGGUCUCAACAACAUGGAGGAGCUGGUGUCCAUAGACCAGUUUGCCUUGAUCAACCUCCCCGAGCUGACCAAGCUAGACGUGACCAACAACCCCAAGCUGUCCUUUAUCCACCCCAACGCAUUCCACCACCUUCCCCAACUGGAAACCCUCAUGCUCAACAACAAUGCCCUAAGUGCCUUGCAUAAGCAGACGGUCGAGUCCUUGCCCAAUCUGCAGGAGAUCAGUAUCCACAGCAACCCCAUCCGCUGCGACUGUGUCAUCCGCUGGGUCAACAGCACGGAAAACCACAUCCGCUUCAUUGAACCCCAGUCCACGUUGUGCGCUGAGCCCCCCGACCUCAAAAGGAGGCACAUUCGGGAUGUCCCCUUCCGGGAGAUGACAGAUCGGUGCCUGCCUCUCAUCUCCACCAAGAGCUUCCCCUCCCACUUAGAGGUGGCGGACGGUGACAAUGUCUCGUUGCAUUGCCGAGCUCUGGCAGAGCCGGACCCGGAGAUCUACUGGGUCACCCCUUCAGGGGUGAAGCUGAUCCCCUACGCAGAAGACAGGCGGUACAAGGUGCACCCUGAAGGGACGCUGGAGAUUCAUGGGAUCUCAGCUCGGGAGGCCGGGCUGUACACCUGCGUGGCUCACAACCUCCUCGGGGCAGACACCAAAAGCGUUAGUAUGAUGGUCAACCACUCGUUCCCGCUCAGCGAGGACAGCCUGGAGCUGGUGGUGGUGGAUGUCCAGGCGUACCACAUCCUGGUUGCCUGGAAGCCGCAUCUCAACACCAUCUCUUCCAAUCUCACCUGGUCCAGCUUCUUGCUUAGCUCCAACUUGGACAUGACCAAUGUGGCCCGGAUCCCCAUGGGGACCCACACAUACAACAUCACCCGGCUCCACCAGGACACGGAGUACUGGGCUUGCCUCCACGUGGCCUUUGUAGACUUGCAGGCCAAGGUGGCUUGCGUGAACGCCAGGACUAAAGAGGCUGCCCACCGCUACCGGCUGCUGGAGGGCAGGCAGAGCCUCCUGACGGUGCUGGUCCUCUGUCUCCUGCUCCUUGCCGCCAGCCUCGUAGCUCGCUACGGUGUCAGGGCAGAGCCCAGGAGGGCCGGGGAGCUGCUCCUGGAUGUCACAGCCGUGCGCGUGGUCUAUCCCCCCCUCGCCCAGCCCUGGGCUCGGGGGCAGCGUGGGGGGCAGCUCCUGGCCGUGGAGGUGCAAGCAGCCCCCCUGGACUGCUGA